ACAGGUCCGACAAAACAAACAAAUCAGAAUUGAAGAAUGAGUCUUGCUUCCAACAUCAGGCCAACAUUUACGCUGUCAUCACAUACAGAGAAACCUUAUUGAACCGUAUAACAUUCCAGGGACUCAACUCAUCUGUUCUAAGAGCCAACUAACAAUGCAGAGAUGUUGAUUGGCUGAUACCUGCUUCUGAGUAGGGGAGAUCACGUAUCCGGUAAACAGAAGAUUAAAGGGGUAGUGAUGAUUAAUUAACAUGGCUAUGAUACACCUGUGUCUUAUUUGGAGUGGGACAGCAGGGGAAAAAGCACACAGAAUGACUAAAUUGUUAACUGUCUGAUUAAUUGAUUAGCUGAUUGAUUGAUGGAGGUACACUCAUGAUUGACACCUGUGUGCAUGAAUCAGUGGUAGAACAGCGUAGUUGCACUUGGAUGAACCCGCAUCAGCAUUUCCACACAAAUCUGAGCAGGUGGCUUUGCGUUCAGUUUGAAGCUUGAAGACGAGGAGCUCAACGCUGACAUACAAGAUCCUGUAUUCUGAUUGGUGCAGAUGGCUCACAGACAGGUGCGCAGACUACCUCUGACACGCAGAGUGCCACAGGAUGCUUCAGAGCUGCCCAGUGUGUGUCCCCAGACCAGCCCUCCGGUCAACGAGGCGUCCCAGAGCGCCCUCAUGUCCUCUCACAGAGACCGCAUGGCCUCGCUCAGGGAGCAGCUUGUUGAGAGGGACCAGCAUGUGGCCCGACUCCAGGAUGCGCUGAAGAGGGAGAGGGAGAAGUGUGGGCGACUGCAGUCUCGGUGUGGCCAGCAGGUGGCAGAGCUGAGGCGCAGAGAGUUGCAGAACAACAGGCUGAAGGAGAGGCUCCUCACAGACAAACACAAAGACAAGGGACCCGCCAUGGAGAUGCUCAAUGCCCUGCCCAAGUCUCUAGCCAAGAAAGACCACGCUCCCAGGGGCACACGCUCUGAAGGAAGAAGGGAGGAGGAGGCUCUGCGUUUGAUCCUGGAGAGAAGGGAGGCCGAGCUUAGGGAAGCCAUGAAGCUUCGGCACGCCAUCACCACACUUCUGCACACGCUCAGAACAGACAUGGAACAGACCCUCCAUGUCCUCUUGAGUGACAAGCAGGUGGAGCCAGACAGUCAGAGGCUGGUCCAAUCAGAGGUGGUGCUGGGUGAUCAUGUGACUGGGGGUGUGGUCAAAGAAUGGGUCAGGGUCCAGAAGGUGCUUAAAGAGAUUCAUGCGCAAGGUGGUUGUGCAGGGGCCACAGACCAGGAGAAGCAGAUAGUUCAGCUGGAGAGGGAACUAGAGGAGAGCCAGCAGCUAGUCAGACUACAGCAGCAGCUACUGCAGGACAGCGUGACCCCGGCUCUCCCCGCCCCCCUCAUAGACUCCUAUUACCUGGAGGAGUGGGAGCGGCUUCAGGACCAGAGGGUGGAGCUUGACAGACAGAGGCGGAGCUUCGAGAGGGAGAGGCAGGCCUUUACAGACGCUGCCAUCCGAUUGGGCCAUGAGAGGUGCCAGUUUGAGCAGCAGAAGGCGUCUCUGGUGUGGCAGCAGUACCUGUUCAACUCUCCCCCUGUGAAGCUCUCCGCGCACCACAGCAGGAGGGUCAGCCCUGCCAUCAAGAUCUAUCUUGCGGACGAUCCGCUGCCCAACUCCCCAGACUCGCUCUGCCCAGCCACCCCCUCCUCCACGGCCUCAGACCAGAGCCCGGGGUCACCAGGUCACCAAGAGGUCACGACCCCCAGCACCCCUGAGCUCUACUCCGCCCUCAGGCUACCCUAUCCCCGCAGGUCUGCGGGUACUCCCUCGCCCACUGCGUGCUGGCGGGGAGGAGGUGGAACAGAGAGAUCCUACCGCGCUCCCCGUAGACGCGACCACGACUACUCAUUUUAACACGCAUACAUCACUACACACACACUACACACUCCCCGCAGACGCGACCACGACUACUCAUUUUAACACGCAUACAUUGCCAUGCACACACUACACAUAUGCCAACACACACUUUACUAGACAAAAUGUUCAGAUAAAACACACAUAAGAAAACUGCACUUUACAACUCAACACGCACUGCUCAUGCUUCUAAUGUAGGGCUUCUUGCGUAUUUUUGAUAUCAUUGACAUAAAAUCAUUUGUCAUCUGGUAUAUCUUAAGUGUUUGUGCUAAUAAACAAUUUUCCAUACUC